UCCAAAUCUGUGGCACGUAACGAAAAUGCAGCGAAACAAAAUUACCUCUUGGGGAUGGAAAAGCCACUCUUUUUCGACAUUAUUCUUUGUAUUUUGUUUUCGUCCGUGGUAUAGUCGUCAUCAUCGGCAGUGAUUAAACCUACAUGUUUUAUAAAAUGGCUUUAAAACAUAUUCAACUCACUCAGCCUAUUUUUUAAAAGAUUCUACGUUUAUUUAUUUAUUUAUUUUACUUUCCACAUCAUGUAACGUUAGGUAUUGCAAUCUUUCUAAAUAUUAAUGUUUUCUGCUGCAGUAACAACUUAAUUGUUGAACAGCAAGUCUUCAUCUGGGGAAGAAAUAUUUUAAAACAUUAAUAUUAAAUAUAUUACCUGUUCAUUGAAAAGAAGUGAAAACACGAGACCUGUCAGAUUUGCAUACCCAUGCUAAUGCUUGAACAAAUGGCCAUUCAGUUCCAAGCAGAGACACAAAGGAGUAAAUCAUGCUGAACAUUUGCUGACCGAAGAGCUAUGGAUAUCUGAAUGAAGAGGGGUGACAGGGUAGUGACUAGACAUGUUCUACUGACUAAAAUGGCUCUAUCUGCAUGUGCUGGACCCCACUCCCAGUGUCCUAUAAUGGCGGGCACAUCCAUCUAUGAUUUCACUGUUGAGACCCUUGAAGGCCAGCCUGUUUCCCUCAGUAAAUUCAGAGGCAAGGCGCUGCUCAUUGUCAAUCUGGCCACCUUCUGAGGAUCUACAAUAGAAGAGUAUCACCGAUUGAAUGCACUCAUGGACAUGUAUGGUGAUCUCAACUUCACUGUGCUUGGAUUCCCCUGCAAUCAGUUUGGUCUCCAGGCACCUGAGGGAAAUCAUGAAACCCUCAAUGUUCUGAGGUGUGUAAGGCCAGGUGGAGGAUUCAUCCCAAAUUUCCCCAUAUUUGGUAAGCUUGAAGUCAACGGACAGAAUGAAGACCCUCUCUUUACAUAUCUCAAGGAGUCACUACCUUACGUCAACCCACUGAUUGGAGACAUAAAGAAAUUCUAUUGGUCGCCAAUAAACGUCAACGACAUACGCUGGAACUUUGAGAAAUUCCUCAUCCAUCCUGACGGCAUACCGUUCAGGAGAUAUGAGCUGCACACCCCAAUCACGGAGGUGGAGAAAGAUAUAGCAGAGCUUCUGUAGGGUCCCGCCCUCACUGAAGAAUGUUCCGAAGGUCACCGUCUUCACCCGGGAGAGGCAGUGUGACGAUCCCUCAGCAAAUGCAGAUGUGCACCUGAGCUGGAUCAGAUGGGAUGGGGAAGAGCGCUCAGAGUUUCAGUGCAUUCACUCGGAGCACUUGUCCCGCCAGCCUCUCACAGUGAUGGGUCACCUUCACAUGCUCUUCCUGCUGUUCUUUGGGCAUCCAUUUUGGAUGACUGAUUGACAGAUCUGAGUAAACCCUUUCUUAACAGGAAAAAAUACUGUAUCAUCCAUGUGAUUUAUUACAAAAUGUGCUGUGUUUUUUUACUCCAACUAACUUCAUUCAUUCAUCUAAUCAUUUUGGACUGUGGUCUCAAUCAUUUUAGCAUGUA